CUACCGUGUAUUACGCAGCAUACGAGAAGUGAAGGAGAUUGAAUUGGCCGAAAAAUUGGAAAUGGGCGAUGAUGUAUUGGAAAAGGCAAAAGAAGAGAAUACAUUGACGUGGAUUCAAAAAUGCUUUUUAAUGUAUCGCGAUGGUCAUUUUACCGAACAAAAUUUAAUCGAAGAAAUUGACACGAUUUUCGUGGGUGGCACUGAUACGACAACCGUCACUAUUAGCAGUACAUUGAUUAUGUGCGCCAUUUUUCCAGAAAUUCAAGACAAAAUUGUGGUCGAAUUACAUGAAAUUUUCGAUACCGUUGAUCAACCCGUUACGUAUGAAGAUUUAUCGAAACUAACUUAUUUGGAAAUGGUGAUAAAAGAAACAUUACGACAUUUUCCAGUUGGACCAUUUAUUGCACGACGAACGAGCGAAGAUUUUCCAUUUAAAGGUGGCAUCAUACCAAAAGAUUCAUUCAUUCUAUUGAACAUUGCUAAAAUGCACAAAAACCCAAAGUAUUGGGGUGACAAAGCAAAUUCAUUUUAUCCCGAACACUUUUUACCCGAAAACUUUUCCAAAAUGCAUCCGUACACAUUUUUGGCGUUUAGCGGCGGGCCACGAAAUUGUAUUGGUAUCAAAUAUGCAUGGUAUGUGGCCAAAAUAAUGUUGGCACAUUUAUUACGACGAUAUAGAUUCACAACCGACUUGAAAAUUGAAGAUAUUCGCACAAAAGUCAACAUUAUACUUAAAAUUGUCAAUGAAGAACCAAUUAAAGUGGAACGACGAGAAUGGUAAUGGUGGAGCACAGGAAGAGAGAGAGAGAGAGAGAGAGCAAGAAGAAGAGAAAGAAGAAUAUAUAUUGUAAAGGGUGACAUUUUAUUUUUAGCAUUCGGUUUUAUCAUAUAAUUUUGAAUUGUGCGUUGACGAUGUAAAUAAAGGUUCUU